UUUGUGAAAAUCUCUCUCAAACCACAUUGAACAAUAUGAACCACUCAACAAGGUGUGCUGGUUGUAAGUAUUUAAGAAGGAGAUGCCCUUCGGAUUGUAUCCUUUCACCCUAUUUUCCGCCAAAUAAUCCCCAAAGAUUCUACUACGUUCACAAAAUCUAUGGUGCUAGCAAUGUUACAAAAAUUCUUCAGCAAGUUCCUGUGCACCAAAGAGCAGAAGCUGCAAAUGCCAUGUAUUAUGAAGCAUAUUGUCGGAUCAAAGACCCCGUGUAUGGAUGUGUCGGAAUCAUUACACUCUUGCACCAACAAAUCUAUGAAGCUCAACUGGAACUAUCCCAAAUUCAAGCUGAUCAGAUUGCUGUCCUAAAUGGUCUUCAUGCACAACAAGACCAAUUCCCAAGUGAAGAAUUUGGAUCUAAUUAUAGCUUUCCAGGCUACCCUUCGGUUGGACAUGGAUCAUUCUCUUCAUCAACAUUUGAACCUUCCACACCUCCGUUUUACUAG